AUGGUCCAAGGCGAUCCUUUCAAGCCCGCCCAGCGCGUGGCCGGGCAGAGACAGGAUGUUUGGAGCAUUGUCAAUGAGGCGGCUCAGGCGUCCACGGUGACGCCAAUGGUGAACAUGGGCCAAGGGUUCUUUGGAUACAAUCCACCGAAGUUCUGCAUCGAUGCUGCCAAGGAGGCACUGGAUCGGGUGGAGUGCAAUCAGUAUUCACCUACGAAGGGCCGACCACGAUUAAAGAAGGCUAUCGCAGACGCCUACUCCCCCUUCUUCGGCCGCGAGAUCAACCCUGACACCGAAGUCACGAUCACCACGGGCGCCAACGAGGGCAUGCUCUCAGCCUUCAUGGGCUUCCUCGAGGCCGGCGACGAAGUCAUUGUCUUCGAACCCUACUUCGACCAGUAUAUCUCAAACAUCGAAAUGCCCGGCGGCAAAGUCGUUUACGUCCCCAUGCACCCACCGAAAGAAGGCUCGACGAAGACCACCAGUGCCAGCGAGUGGAAGAUCGAUAUGAAAGAGUUUGAAGCGGCCAUUACACCCCGCACGAGAAUGGUCGUGUUGAACAGUCCGCACAAUCCCAUCGGCAAGGUCUUCAGCAAGGAGGAACUGCAAGCCAUUGGGGAUAUCUGCGUCAAGCAUAACAUCAUCAUCCUCUCCGACGAAGUCUACGACCGGUUAUACUACGUCCCCUUCACCCGCGUCGCGACUCUCUCCCCGGAAAUUGCCAAAUUGACCCUCACCGUCGGAUCUGCAGGCAAGAACUUUUAUGCCACGGGCUGGAGAGUGGGCUACCUCAUUGGCCCUGAGCAUCUGAUCAAAUACGUCUCCGCCGCACACACGCGGAUCUGCUACAGCAGCGUCAGCCCCUUGCAAGAAGCCACAGCAGUCGCCUUCGAACAAGCCGACAAGCAUGGCUUCUGGGACGAAAGCAAGCGAGAAAUGAAAGCCAAAAUGGACCUCUUCAACCAAGUCUGGGACGAGCUUGGUCUGCCAUACUCCGAUCCCGAGGGCGGCUACUUCGUUCUCGUCAACCUGGCCAAAGUCAAACUUCCUCAAGACUACGAUUUCCCACCGCACGUGGCGAGUCGACCGAGGGAUUUCAAGCUGAGCUGGUUCCUGAUCAAGGAGUUCGGCGUGGCGGCGAUUCCACCGACCGAGUUCUUUACCGAUAAGAAUGCGCAUAUUGUGGAGGAUUGGCUGCGGUUUGCGGUGUGCAAGGACGAUAAAGUGUUGGAGCAGGCGAAGGAGAGACUGAGGGGGUUGAGGAAGUACAUGACAUAG